CCGCUUCCGCCGCCGCUUCCGCCGCUUCCCGACCGCCUUUCCCGGCUCUGCUCCGGUUCCUGCUCCGCUCAGGCCUCGGUCUCACCUUGUCGCCAUCAUGAACAAGAAGAAGAAGCCGUUCCUGGGCAUGCCCGCGCCCCUGGGUUACGUGCCGGGGCUGGGCCGCGGAGCCACGGGUUUCACCACCCGCUCUGAUAUCGGCCCUGCCCGCGAUGCCAACGACCCCGUGGACGACCGGCACGCUCCGCCAGGCAAGAGAACUGUGGGGGACCAGAUGAAGAAGAACCAGACAGCAGAUGAUGAUGAUGAGGAUUUGAAUGACACCAAUUAUGAUGAGUUCAAUGGCUACGCUGGGAGUCUGUUCUCAAGCGGCCCCUAUGAGAAAGAUGAUGAGGAAGCAGAUGCAAUUUAUGCAGCUUUGGAUAAGAGGAUGGAUGAACGCAGGAAGGAAAGGAGGGAACAACGAGAAAAAGAGGAAAUAGAAAAGUACCGUAUGGAAAGACCCAAAAUUCAACAGCAGUUCUCAGACUUGAAACGGAAAUUAGCAGAGGUUACUGAGGAGGAGUGGCUGAGUAUUCCCGAGGUUGGGGAUGCCAGGAACAAGCGGCAGAGGAAUCCUCGUUAUGAGAAGCUGACUCCUGUCCCUGACAGCUUCUUUGCAAAGCAUUUGCAGUCGGGGGAGAAUCACACUUCUGUGGACCCACGCCAGACACAAUUUGGUGGACUGAAUACUCCGUAUCCAGGAGGUUUGAAUACUCCAUACCCAGGAGGAAUGACACCAGGCUUGAUGACACCUGGGACAGGUGAAUUGGAUAUGAGGAAGAUUGGUCAAGCCAGGAACACCUUGAUGGAUAUGAGACUCAGCCAGGUAUCAGACUCUGUGAGCGGCCAGACUGUAGUGGACCCAAAAGGAUAUUUGACAGACUUGAACUCCAUGAUUCCCACACACGGAGGAGAUAUCAAUGAUAUCAAAAAAGCCCGUUUGCUCCUGAAAUCUGUCCGAGAGACCAAUCCUCAUCAUCCACCAGCCUGGAUAGCAUCAGCCCGACUGGAGGAGGUCACUGGCAAACUCCAGGUGGCUCGAAAUCUCAUCAUGAAAGGAACAGAGAUGUGCCCUAAGAGUGAAGAUGUUUGGUUGGAAGCUGCUCGGCUUCAGCCUGGAGAUACAGCCAAGGCUGUUGUGGCGCAGGCUGUGCGGCACCUGCCACAGUCCGUGCGGAUCUAUAUCAGAGCAGCAGAGCUGGAGACAGACAUCCGUGCCAAGAAACGUGUCCUUAGGAAAGCCCUCGAGCACGUUCCAAACUCAGUGCGUUUGUGGAAAGCAGCCGUGGAGCUGGAGGAACCUGAGGAUGCCAGGAUCAUGCUGAGCCGGGCUGUGGAGUGCUGUCCAACCAGUGUUGAACUGUGGCUGGCGCUGGCAAGGCUGGAGACAUAUGAGAAUGCUCGUAAAGUCCUUAACAAAGCCCGGGAGAAUAUCCCGACAGAUCGUCACAUCUGGAUUACUGCUGCCAAACUGGAGGAAGCCAAUGGAAACACCCAGAUGGUGGAGAAAAUUAUUGACAGAGCCAUCACAUCUCUUAGGGCUAAUGGUGUGCAGAGGAAUUUGCACUUGUGGGUGCAGGAUGCCGAGGAAUGUGAUAAAGCUGGAAGUGUGGCCACGUGCCAGGCAAUCAUGAGAGCUGUGAUUGGGAUUGGCAUCGAGGAAGAAGAUCGGAAACACACCUGGAUGGAAGAUGCAGACAGUUGUGUUGCUCAUAAUGCCCUGGAGUGUGCCCGAGCCAUUUAUGCCUAUGCCUUGCAAGUCUUCCCGAGCAAGAAGAGCGUGUGGCUGCGAGCAGCCUACUUUGAAAAGAACCAUGGAACCAGAGAAUCCUUGGAGGCUCUUUUGCAGAGAGCUGUUGCUCACUGUCCCAAAGCAGAGGUGCUGUGGCUCAUGGGAGCCAAAUCCAAGUGGCUGGCGGGAGAUGUGCCAGCAGCCAGAAGCAUCUUGGCCCUGGCUUUCCAGGCCAACCCCAACAGCGAGGAGAUCUGGCUGGCUGCCGUGAAGCUCGAGUCAGAGAACAAUGAGUAUGAAAGAGCGAGGAGGCUGCUGGCAAAGGCUCGCAGCAGUGCCCCCACUGCAAGGGUCUUCAUGAAGUCUGUGAAGUUGGAAUGGGUGCUUGGGAACAUUGCUGCAGCCCAGGAGCUCUGUGAGGAAGCCCUGAAGCACUAUGAGGACUUCCCCAAACUGUGGAUGAUGAAAGGACAAAUUGAGGAGCAAAAAGAGCUGGUAGAGAAAGCACGGGAGGCUUAUAAUCAAGGGUUGAAGAAGUGCCCCCAUUCCAUACCCCUGUGGCUCUUGCUGUCCAGGCUGGAGGAGAAAGUUGGGCAGCUGACUAGAGCAAGAGCCAUCUUGGAAAAGUCUCGCCUGAAGAAUCCAAAGAAUCCAGAUCUCUGGUUGGAAUCUGUGCGCUUGGAGUACCGAGCUGGGCUGAAGAACAUUGCAAACACUCUGAUGGCCAAAGCACUGCAAGAGUGCCCCAAUUCAGGAAUCCUGUGGUCAGAAGCAAUUUUCCUUGAAGCGCGACCGCAACGAAAGACCAAGAGUGUGGAUGCUCUCAAGAAGUGUGAACAUGACCCACAUGUCCUGCUGGCUGUGGCCAAGCUGUUCUGGAGCGAGCGUAAAAUAACCAAGGCCAGAGAGUGGUUCCACCGCACGGUGAAGAUAGACUCGGACCUGGGGGAUGCCUGGGCCUUCUUUUACAAAUUUGAGCUCCAGCAUGGCACAGAGGAACAACAAGAAGAGGUAAGGAAGCGCUGUGAGAAUGCUGAACCUCGCCACGGAGAGCUCUGGUGUGAUGUCUCCAAGGACAUAGAGAAUUGGCAGAAAAAGAUUGGAGAGAUUCUUGUGCUUGUGGCAGCCAAGCUGAAAAAUACCUUCUAGUGUGCUGGCCUCAGCUGCCUCAGAGGUCCCUGUAGGAUUUAACCUGCUCGUGGUGCAUUUGCCCUUUCAGUGGCACAGAUUUUGAAGGACAGGACAUGGAUGAUGAUAAGAAAGAGCUUUCUCCCAAAAGGAAAAGCUGCUUCCUUCUUUCCCCAGCAUGGCCAUCAGCUUCUACAGCACAUGGGAACAUUGUAGCUGGUGUCACACAGGAGACAGGAGCAGUCUUGUGAGGCUCUGUUGGCAUUUCCAUGUUGAUUCCCCAUUCCCCCCUGCAAACACAAGCUUUAAUUAGCGCUUGUAUGGAUUCUGACAUGUGGCAGUCCCUCUGUUCUUGGCCCUGGCAUGUGUUUCCUGUUCCCCUUUAGAGUUUGGCCCAUCUGAUGUUGGUUCCUUGUCUGUAGAUCUGGGUUGUUGCUGUUGGAAUACACUGAUUGUCCCUGAAGGAGAUGGGUGGAGUUGCAGGAGCAGCCCAGCAGCACAGGGAAAGUUCUGGGCUGGCUUCUGUUCUUCAGGUGGUGUAGUUUGGUCUCUGCUAACAAGCUGCUGCACAGCUUGGAGAUGUUCCUCCAACCUGAGCAGCUGGAGCAUUUUGUCAAAUUCAAAAGCAUAUUUUUAGAGAACUUUUCCUCAAUUAUUAAAUGUAUAUAGUAAAGCUUAUUCUUUUAGGUGUUUGAGUUCAUUAAGCACAGUGGUGGUUUAAAGUAACAAGGCAAAACUCAGCAAUCCCUGAAAGCCCUUUUGAAGGAAGAACAUUUUUUUAGAGUUGUUGGGAGACUGCUGUUACACAGCUGUGACUGCCUGUGGCUGGGAGGUUUGAUUUCUAUCUCCAAGUGCAGAUAGGAAAAAGCAAACUCAAGAGAGGGAAAGCUUUAUGUUUGAGAGCCUUUGUACACUGUCUUCAAUUUUCUAUACUUGUGAUGUGUACUAUUUUUACCCCAACCUCCUGACUUUCUUGUGAUCAUAGAAUCAGAAGCUGUAUUGUCUUACACCUGAGGCUAUAGCAGCUGUAUCUAGGUCUGUGGAUGUGCAUUAUCCCAUGUAUUUAGUUGGAGGAGAAACUCCCUUAUUACUUGUUGGAGAAUAUGUAUAAAAUACAGCCUUUUUUUUUUUUUGUUUCCUUC